CCGCUCCGCGGCCUGCGGGAGCCGCUCGCCCUGGUCUUGUGCUCGCGUCCGCACCCCUUUCCUGUUGCCCCCCUCCGAGGCCCGCACCCCAGCCGGGCCGGCGAGACCCCGGCCAGACCCCGCUGCCCGCACAAAAUGUCGGCCCGGACGCCAUUGCCGACGGUGAACGAGCGGGACACGGAAAAUCAUACAUCUGUGGAUGGAUAUACUGAACCACACAUCCAGCCUACCAAGUCGAGUAGCAGACAGAACAUCCCCCGGUGUAGAAACUCCAUUACAUCAGCAACAGAUGAACAGCCUCACAUUGGAAAUUACCGUUUACAAAAAACAAUAGGGAAGGGAAAUUUUGCCAAAGUUAAAUUGGCAAGACACGUUCUAACUGGUAGAGAGGUUGCUGUGAAAAUAAUAGACAAAACUCAGCUAAAUCCUACCAGUCUACAAAAGUUAUUUCGAGAAGUACGAAUAAUGAAGAUACUGAAUCAUCCUAAUAUAGUAAAAUUGUUUGAAGUUAUUGAAACAGAGAAGACUCUCUAUUUAGUCAUGGAAUACGCGAGUGGGGGUGAAGUAUUUGAUUACUUAGUUGCCCAUGGAAGAAUGAAAGAGAAAGAGGCCCGUGCAAAAUUUAGGCAGAUUGUAUCUGCUGUACAGUAUUGUCAUCAAAAGUGCAUUGUUCACCGUGAUCUUAAGGCUGAAAACCUUCUCCUUGAUGGUGAUAUGAAUAUUAAAAUUGCUGACUUUGGUUUUAGUAACGAAUUUACAGUUGGGAACAAAUUGGACACAUUUUGUGGAAGCCCACCCUAUGCUGCUCCGGAGCUUUUCCAAGGAAAGAAGUAUGACGGGCCUGAAGUGGAUGUGUGGAGUCUGGGCGUCAUUCUCUAUACAUUAGUCAGUGGCUCCUUGCCUUUCGAUGGCCAGAAUUUAAAGGAACUGCGAGAGCGAGUUUUACGAGGGAAGUACCGUAUUCCCUUCUACAUGUCCACAGACUGUGAAAAUCUUCUGAAGAAAUUAUUAGUCCUGAAUCCAAUAAAGAGAGGUAGCUUGGAACAAAUAAUGAAAGAUCGAUGGAUGAAUGUUGGUCAUGAAGAAGAAGAACUAAAGCCAUAUACUGAGCCUGAUCCAGAUUUCAAUGACACAAAAAGAAUAGACAUUAUGAUCACCAUGGGCUUUGCACGAGAUGAAAUAAAUGAUGCCUUAAUAAAUCAGAAGUAUGAUGAAGUUAUGGCUACUUAUAUUCUUCUAGGUAGAAAACCACCUGAAUUUGAAGGUGGUGAAUCAUUAUCCAGUGGAAACUUGUGUCAGAGGUCCCGGCCCAGUAGUGACUUAAACAACAGCACUCUUCAGUCCCCUGCUCACCUGAAGGUCCAGAGAAGUAUCUCAGCCAAUCAGAAGCAGCGGCGUUUCAGUGAUCAUGCUGGUCCAUCCAUUCCUCCUGCUGUAUCAUAUACCAAAAGAGCUCACGCUAACAGUGUGGAAAGUGAACAGAAAGAAGAGUGGGACAAAGAUGUGGCUCGAAAACUUGGCAGCACAACAGUUGGAUCAAAAAGCGAGAUGACCGCAAGCCCUCUUGUAGGGCCAGAGAGGAAAAAAUCUUCAACUAUUCCAAGUAACAAUGUGUAUUCUGGAGGUAGCAUGGCAAGAAGGAAUACGUAUGUCUGUGAAAGGACCACAGAUCGAUACACAGCAUUGCAGAAUGGAAAGGACAGCAGCCUUACGGAGAUGUCUGUGAGUAGCAUAUCUUCUGCAGGCUCUUCUGUGGCCUCUGCUGUCCCCUCAGCACGACCCCGCCACCAGAAGUCCAUGUCCACUUCUGGUCAUCCUAUUAAAGUCACACUGCCAACCAUUAAAGACGGCUCUGAAGCUUACCGGCCUGGUACAACCCAGAGAGUGCCUGCUGCUUCCCCAUCUGCUCACAGUAUUAGUACUGCGACUCCAGACCGGACCCGCUUUCCCCGAGGGAGCUCAAGCCGAAGCACUUUCCAUGGUGAACAGCUCCGGGAGCGACGCAGCGCUGCUUACAAUGGGCCACCUGCUUCACCAUCCCAUGAAACGGGUGCAUUUGCACAUGCCAGAAGGGGAACAUCAACUGGUAUAAUAAGCAAAAUCACAUCCAAAUUUGUUCGCAGAAGUACAUCAGGGGAACCAAAAGAAAGAGACAAAGAAGAGGGUAAAGAUUCUAAGCCGCGUUCUUUGCGGUUCACAUGGAGUAUGAAGACCACUAGUUCAAUGGACCCUAAUGACAUGAUGAGAGAAAUCCGAAAAGUGUUAGAUGCAAAUAACUGUGAUUAUGAGCAAAAAGAGAGAUUUUUGCUUUUCUGUGUCCAUGGAGACGCUAGACAGGAUAGCCUCGUGCAGUGGGAGAUGGAAGUCUGCAAGUUGCCACGACUGUCACUUAAUGGCGUCCGCUUCAAGCGAAUAUCCGGGACAUCUAUCGCCUUUAAGAACAUUGCAUCAAAAAUAGCAAAUGAGCUUAAGCUGUAAAGAAGUCCAAAUUUACAGGUUCAGGGAAGAUACAUACAUAUAUGAGGUACAGUUUUUGAAUGUACUGGUAAUGCCUAAUGUGGUCUGCCUGUGAAUCUCCCCAUGUAGGAUUUGCCCUUAAUGCAAUAAGGUUAUACAUAGUUAUGAACUGUAAAAUUAAAGUCAGUAUGAACUAUAAUAAAUAUCUGUAGCUUAAAAAGUAGGUUCACAUGUACAGGUAAGUAUAUUGUGUAUUUCUGUUCAUUUUCUGUUCAUAGAAUUGUAUAAUAAAACACGAUUGCUUAAAACCUUGUAUAGUUGUCUAGAUUUCUGCACAUGAAUGUACAUUUGAUGCUUUGAUUUGAAAAUGUUCUUCCCUGUUACUUACAUUCUGGUGGGUUUUUUAAAGUCUUACCUCCAUCAUGCAAUUUUGAAAAUUGUGUCCAGAAUUAAAAGUGCAUAGAAAUAGUCUUUACAAAGUUGUAGCAUGGACCUUUAAAAAUUGUUUUAAAAUCAUAUUUAAAUUUAAACCAGAAGCUGAAAAAUAGAUCAGCUUUAUUAUACACAAAAUUAUUACUGCUUAUCUUUGCUCUUUUCCUUGUUAUCCCACAAGGUUUAGUUGAGAAGAUACAAAAUGUUUACAGUGUUGGCACUUAGAGUUUUUAAAUUCAAGUACAUGAAAUCGAAUAAUAGCAUUGCCUUGAGCUAACUAAGAAGUACUGGGGAAAAAGUUAAAUCUACAUCAAGUUUCUUUUGAACUUUGAAGUGUUUUCUGACCCACUGCUAAUUGUAGCAACAAAAUUU